AUAACAGAAAAAAAAAAAAGCAAAAAAAAGUAAACAAACAACUGUCAUUAUAUAUUUACAAAAGCUGAUAAAUCCAUCGUGACAAAAAUAAAUAUGAAUUCACAAAUUCGUUAUCCAUAUGAGGGUCUUUUGCAUAAAUAUACAAAUGCAAUGAAAGGAUGGCAAUACAGAUGGUUUAUAUUGAGUCCAGAAACUGGAGAACUACAUUAUUUUUUAAGUGAAACAGAAAAAAAUCAAAGACCAAGAUGUUCAAUAUAUCUUGCUGGUGCUGUUAUUGCACCAAGUGAUGAAGAUUCAAAUACAUUUACUGUUAAUUCAGCAACUGGUGACAUGAUUAAAUUACGAGCAACAGAUGCAAGAGCAAGACAAGAAUGGGUUGAUAAAUUACGUGCUGUUACUGAAAUGUAUACAAGAGCAAUUGCAAGUAGUCAUCCACCAUUAUCAUCACGUAAUCCAGUAUCAAAACUUGAUGUACUUGAUGCAUUUGCAACAUGUCGUGAACAAUUAAAUAGAGUUGAUAGACAAACACAAGCAUUGUCAUUAAUUAUUGAAUCAUCAAGUCUCUAUUUGGAUCCAGAUUUAUUAACAUUGAAAGCAAUAGCACACACAACUGUUCAUACACUCAAUGAAUGUCUAAACAUACUCUACAAAUAAUUUUUGUUUUUUUAUUUUCUUCAAGAAAAUGUAUAUAAUAUUAUUU